AUGGAAGCAAUACUUUCUCCACUUUCUAAUGCUGAUGGUUCUUGUGAAUUAAAAUCAAAUUUAUCUUUGGUGCUUUGUGGAGUUAUGGGUCCAGGUGAUAUUUCGUCCUCAAAACGACUCUUUGACAAAGCAAAUAUUUUCUUUUCUAUCAACAGAAUUCCACAAAAAAGCAAAGAAGAAUUAGCUUCAACUGUUCGGCCUUCUGUUUCUAAACCAAAUUCUUCAUCAUUAUCCUCUUCUUUUGCUCAUACUUCUGAUCGUUUUAUUUCUUCUAUUGUUAAAGCAUCAAUUAACGAAUUUGCCUAUCCCCGAACUUGCAUUCAAAUUUGUACUCAAGAAUUAAAAGCUGACGGGCCAACAGAUGCUUUACAUUUAAAUUCUAUUUGUUUGGCACUUUUGGAUUCUGGAAUUCGAAUGCAUUAUGUAUUUGCAUCUGUCACAAUUGGAAUUAGAGCUACAGAUGGUGAAUUACUGAUAAAUCCAGACCAACUCCAAUCAAAUGCUAGUAAAGCUAUUUUAACUUUUGUUUUUCGACCAUCGGUUAUUUUAAGUGGAAAAAUGAUUGGGACACAUUCAACAGGAGAAUUUACAUUAGAAGAACAUAAUAAAGCUUUGAAACUUGCCGAACAGAAUUGCCUCGAAUUAUUUGAUUUUUAUCGUCAAAAAAUGCAACAGAAAUUUAUUUAUCAUAUAAAACCAAAUUAA